AUGGAGCAAAAGAAGAAACAUCGGAAAGUGCUUCGCACUACUUUUACUAAAUCGGCAAAAGAAUUAGAUGAGUUAUUAUCGACGCCGGAAGGUGACCUACGACUCAUCAAGGUAUCAAUAGAUAUUCUGCGACAAAAAUUCGAAGAUUUAAAACAAGUUGACAACGAAAUCUACAAUCUUCUAUUAGAUGAUGAUGCCAACGAAGGAGAUUUGUUAGUGGAGAUGGAGGUCAGUGAUAAUUAUAUCAAGAAGUUUGCGGAUCUGAAUAGUCGCUGCGAAGAACGUAUGCAGCCCAAAUGGACAGAUGCCGUGGAGAAUGAGGCAACUUCUGUGAUAUCUGAUGGAACUGUUAAUAGCAGAACAGGUAGACGUAAAUUUAAGUUGCCCACCUUAGAAUUUAAGAAGUUUGAUGGGAAUAUUAAAGAUUGGUUGCCAUUCUGGUCUCAGUUUCAAAAAGUGCAUGAUGAUCCGGAUAUAGACUUGAACGAUAAAGUUGAGUAUUUGAUUCAAGCUAUGGUGCCGGGUAGUAGAGCUAGGCAGCUCGUCGACAGUUUUCCCGCUACAGGAAGUAACUAUAGUAAAAUGAUUGACUGUCUUCUCUCUCGGUUCGGUCGUGAGGACUUGCAGAUCGAAGUUUAUGUUCGAGAGUUGCUCAAAUUAGUUAUAAAUACCACUUCGUCUGGCAAUAAAAUAGACUUGUCUUUCUUGUAUGACAAAUUAGAGUCGCAGUUACGGGCAUUAGAGACACUCGGCAUUACAUCCGAUAAAUAUGCAGCCAUGCUAUUUCCUUUGGUCGAGUCAUGUCUCCCGUCAGAUUUACUAAGAGUUUGGCAACGUUUACCGGACAGCCACCUUUCGACAGGCGCCGCUUUAGAAGAGACCGCAGGUGUUUCUACAAUAGAAAAUCGUCUCAGAAGCCUCAUGAAGUUUUUAAAGAAUGAAGUCGACAAUGAACAGCAUGUUAAUUUAGCAGUGGAGGGUUUCGAUUUAAGCAAUAGGAGAAAUAAGGAUUUUAGACGUGGAGAAAAUAGAUCAAAAAGACACGAAGAAGAUUCUCCAAAACUUUAUACUGCAACGGGCUUAAUCAAUUCCUCAGUAACAAAUAAAUGUCUUUUUUGUCAGAAUUUGCAUGAGAGUUCAAGUUGUUUUAAAGCUCAGAAACUAAGCUAUGAUCAGAGAAAAGAUAUUCUGACUGAAAAAGGGGCCUGUUUUCGUUGCCUUAAAAUUGGACAUCAGGCUCGUUGCUGUCGAGGUCGAUUAAGAUGUAUCAUUUGUGGCAAAUCACACGUAGCUCUGAUGUGUCUGGAGCUCUCAGCGAAACGACAGAAUGAUGGAAAAUCCGAUCAAAAGGACAUUAAGGAAGAAGUUGUGACGGGAACCCAUCAGGCACUUGCGAAUAGUACGAAUCAACACAUUUUUCUGCAAACGCUCCGCGUAAAAAUGGAAAACUCUCAGAUAAAACGAUACGUGCGCGCGUUGAUAGAUACGGGAUCUCAAAAAUCGUAUAUUUUAAAGUCCACAGCUGAAUUUUUGAAGUACAGGUCCAAAAGACAGAUUAACAUUAUUCAUGGGUUGUUUGGCGGAAGUGAGUUAUCUCAGAAGCACGACUGUUAUGACGUCACAGUAAGCAACAACAGCUAUAGUUGUACUUUUGAAGCUUUGGAUCAACCCGUAAUUUGCAACGAAGUUUCUGCUGUAUUUCAUGGUGUCUGGACGGAAGAACUUCGCUUGUUAAAUAUCCAGAUAUCGGAUUCAUAUGACGAUGCCCCUAUAGAACUUUUAAUAGGUUCCGAUAUUGCAGGAAAGCUGUACACAGGAAAACGAUAUGUUCUGAAAUGCGGGCUGGUAGCCAUCGAAACACUACUAGGCUGGACCAUGAUGGGCAAGAUACCCCUGGAAAAACCUCAAAGCUUGUCUAUGAUUUCUGUUUCCCUUUUCGUUAACAAUGCCUCGAUUACUAAUCUCUGGGAACUUGAUGUUUUAGGUAUAAACGAUCCUGCUGAAAGAAUGACUCGUGAGGAAACAGCGUUGGCAGCUAAAGAAUUUUUCCUGGAAACCAUCACAAUCGACGUAGAAGGUCGGUAUGAAGUUAGACUGCCGUGGUUAGAAGGACAUCCGGCAUUACCAAGCAACUAUCAGAUGGCUAAGAAGAGAUUGGAGAAUACUGUUAAGAAAGUUAUUAAUGACGGAUAUUUCGAAGCGUAUGACCAGGUGUUUAAAGAUUGGCUGAACGAAAAUAUUAUCGAAGAAGUUUUCGAGAUACAACCUACAAAGGUGGCUCACUACUUACCACAUAGGCCGGUAAUAAAACCCAGCAGCGCGACCACAAAAAUAAGGCCUGUUUUUGACGCUUCAGCCAGAGAAAGAGACAGCCCCUCUUUGAAUCAGUGCCUCGAGAAGGGUCUGAAUUUGAUUGAAUUGAUUCCUGAUAUCUUGCUAAGAUUCAGGCGACAGAGAAUUGGUGUAGUCUCAGACAUUAGAAAAGCCUUUUUACAGAUUAGCAUACAUGAGGCUGAUAGAGACUUCCUUCGUUUUUUAUGGUCUGACAGUGAGGGUAAACAAAUAGUGUAUCGCCAUCGUCGUGUGGUGUUCGGAAUCAACAGUAGUCCGUUUCUCUUAGGGGCCACAAUAGAGUACCAUUUGUCCAAGAUGUUGAAGGAAUCUGAUUCCAAACCUUUUUCAAAGGAUACCAUCAUGAAAUUGUCAGAUGGUUUUUACGUUGAUAACUGCGUAACCAGUGUUGCAAAUGACAAAGAGUUGAGAACAUUUGUCGAAGAGGCUAGUAUCGUAAUGGCUGAAGGCAAGUUUGAUUUAAGAGGGUGGGAGCACACUCAUCAAGUCCAAGAUGGCAAUCUUGAUAUUUCCACUUCCGUGUUGGGAAUGAAAUGGAACAAAGAGAACGAUACUUUAAGCCUAAACCAAGACGAUAACACCACAGAGCAAUUCGAAAAUAAACUCGUGACUAAGAGGAUGAUGCUAUCACAAGCUCAGAGAGUAUUCGAUCCUAUUGGUUAUACUUGUCCUACAACGCUAAUACCAAAAUUGUUGCUUCAAAAGACAUGGGAAAAACAGCUUACUUGGGAUACACCGGUCGACCCUAUAAUUGAAACACAUUUUCGAAGGUGGAUGGAGGAGUUGCCGUAUUUAUCAACUAUUAGAAUCCCUAGAUGGAUACAUGCGGGCUCCGAAGAAGCAGACCAAUGGGCCUUGCAUACAUUUUGUGACGCGAGCAAGGAAGCUUUCGCUGCAGUUGUUUUCUUAAGGGGAGUGCAGAAUGGCGAGGUAUUUGUACAUAUUUUGGCAGCCAAGGCGAGNCUUAAAA